UCAAAUGACAUGUCGUGUAAUGCAAGGGCCGUCUAGAUAGAAACUGGCUCCGAAGAGAGAGAUAUAGCGUCUUCUCUGAAAAUUGCGGGCCAAAAAAAUCCUCUCAAACUCCAACAAUUUUGAAGCUGAAAUGUCGUACCCCUUGCAACUCUCAUUCCCUGGACUCGCUUUUGAAUCUUCGAAAACCCGCACGAGAAAGAAAGCGCACCACUUCCAAACUCUCUGUUGUUCCUCCUUACAACAUCCCAGUCUUCAAGAAAAGCCUGAUAACGAGGUGAUUUUGUUGGAGAGAUAUGGAAAUGGAACUGCUAAAAGAUAUACAUUAGACGACGCUGUGCAACUACAAGGUUUUCUUGAGAAAAAUGGCUCUGAAAAUCGUAGCUUCGAGGAAUCACGUUUGUCUGAAGCCGGAUUGUCCUGGCUUCCGGAUAUUCUCAAAGAUUUUAUUCUACCUGCUGGCUUUCCAGGGUCGGUUUCGGAUGACUACUUGCAGUAUAUGGUGUUACAGUUUCCUACCAACAUUACUGGGUGGAUAUGCCACACUUUAGUCACAUCAAGUCUUCUUAAGGCUGUUGGUGCUGGCUCUUUCACAGGAACUGACGCUGCUGCUUCUGCUGCCGCUAUCAGAUGGGUUUCAAAGGAUGGCAUUGGAGCUCUAGGGCGGUUAUUCAUUGGUGGACGGUUUGGAGAUCUUUUUGAUGAUGAUCCAAAACAAUGGCGCAUGUAUGCGGAUUUCAUUGGCAGUGCUGGGAGCAUCUUUGAUCUAACCACGCAAGUAUAUCCUGCCUAUUUUCUACCAUUAGCUUCUCUUGGAAACUUGACCAAGGCUGUAGCAAGAGGACUGAAAGAUCCUUCAUUUCGUGUGAUUCAAAAUCAUUUUGCGGUCUCUGGAAAUCUGGGAGAGGUAGCAGCAAAGGAGGAAGUUUGGGAAGUAGGUGCACAGUUGCUUGGCCUUGCACUGGGCAUACUGAUCCUGGAUACACCUGACCUUGUAAAAUCCUUUCCAUUGCUGACAUCAACAUGGAUGAGCAUGCGGCUUCUGCAUCUUUGGUUACGUUAUCAAUCACUUUCAGUUCUGCGAUUUGACACAAUAAAUCUCAAGCGUGCUCGUAUAUUGAUAAAAUCACAUAUUUUGCAAUCUCGUGUUCUGGGUUGUGUUGAUUGCAACCAGGAUGAGAACAUUUUAUCAUGGGAGACAUUCACUAGACCACGAAUUAUUUUUGGUGUGCCUUUAGAGGAGAUGAUUGGUGGUGAGAGAUCUGUUGCCAAGAUAAAGAUGCUCCUGAAACUAUAUGCAAAGGAGAAACAUUUCCUUGUUGUGAACCAGCAGAAAACAGACUUUGAGGUCUUGGUGUCAUUCAAGGUAGGAGCUACAAGUAUGUCUGUUUUGCGCAGCGUGUGGCAGACUUAUUGGUUACAUGAAAACUGGAAAAGUUUUGACAACCGCAGUUCUGAUACUGACUAUGAUCAGCUUGCACAAAGCCUACUGGAAAUGGAGGUUAAGUUUGAGGAUUUCAUGCAGCAGCUAGAUGCAGUUGGAUGGGAUACAAGUCAAAUAAAUCUGAAGGUCCCUCGAAAAAUCUCCAUUGAAGAAUUGGGUCCUGUUUGAUUCUCAAACGUCAGCAAUUGAUUUUUCAUUUCUAUGGUCAUUAUCAAGAGCCACCUCCUGCUGUGCUUGACAUGUGGUCUAUCAGCCAGAGUAGACUUGCUGGUGGCAUAGUUUCAUUUAUGAUCAGGCUGCUUCUGAGAUGGUCCAGCUGCACGUGGUUUAGCCCUGCUUGAAAAGAAACAGAGAUUUGCAAGCAAUUUUGCCAGAUGGAAGGGUUCGAGGUCAUAGGCUAGUGGGAAGGUUCUAGUUGAGUGUUCACUGCCAUUGUGAACCAGAGGAAAGCACGUUCAUAGCUCCAAUAGAGUUUCGAGCUUUUCGUAAAUAUUACAGGAUUUUGCUUGUUUGAAAUCUUGUGGAAUUUAUAUCUCAUUUACACAAAUCUUUAAGAUUUACUAAAUAGUCCUUUUUGCCUCCA